CUUAUAGUUGGAAGAGAUGGCAAUUGUGGUCUGCAGUAUGAACAUGCACCCGCAGAGGGCCCUCCAAUAAUGGCGCUGAUAAGUCAUAUUUUAGAUUUUAUAAAGACGAUAAAUGAACCAAUAAAACCAUCCACAAACGUUUUGCCAUUGCCUAAAGAACUUGUAUUGAAACUUGAUAAUGAUUUAUUACAAGACAUCAACAUUGCCAAAGACAACUUAGAUGUAUUGGUGAAUGACGUAACCGUAUGCUGCUUUCAGUUUAAACCAUUUGGUAAGAACUUUCCAAAGAAGAACAGAAUGAGUCCAGAUGCUUUCAUUCAGGUGGCACUUCAGCUGGCAUACUAUAAGAUUUACAAGAGAACUGCAGCCACCUAUGAAAGUGCAUCGCUCCGAAGAUUUCGUCUGGGACGUACAGACACUAUUAGAUCAUGCACAAAUGCAUCACUCAGAUUUUGUAAAGCCAUGCUGGACAGCAAUAAAACGCCAAGUGAAAGAUACCAUUUAUUAAGAGCAGCUGUUGAAGCACACAAGACAUACACAAACCAGGCCUUGGUUGGUGAAGUAAUUGAUCGCCAUUUACUGGGUUUGAAGUUAACAGCGAUAGAAAGUGGUCAAAAUGUACCAGAAAUAUUCAUGGAUCCUGCUUAUCAGACAGCUAUGCACUUUAAAAUAUCAACAAGUCAGGUGCCCUCCACGUAUGAUCUUAUUAUGUGUUUUGGACCAGUUGUUCCAGAUGGAUAUGGUGUGUGUUACAACCCUCAUGAGGAAAAGUUUAACUUCUCUCUCACAUCAUUUAACAGUAGUCCGGAAACCAACGCCAACAAACUUGCCAAAACCCUUGCUGACAGUCUGUUGGAAAUGCAGAGUCUGACUGUACAAAAUGAAGGCUCAAAACUAUAA